CGCGCACAGUGCCGCACGCACACACGCGCACACACACAGACACAUUCACCGGGCUGCCCCGGGGGACACACACAUGCACACGCACCCCGUUGCACACCGGCACUUCUGUGCAACCCCCGCCUGCAACCGGAGCCCUUCUGUGCACCCCCCGACAGCGUCGGGACCCUCUGUGGGCACCCCGGGGUGUGUGGGGGGGCACAGGUGGAGACGACAGGGCAGCACGGUGGGUUUUGCACAGGGGACAGCACAGGGAUGUGUCCUUGGGGUGCUGGCUGGGCACCCCACAACCAGCUGUCCCUGUCGGAGACCCUGGGCAGAGCUGGGCUCUGGACCUUAAGUCCCCUCAACCUCCAGCCCUGAACGCAGCAGGGAGACCCCCAGCCCAGCCACCCACCUGCUGAGACCCCCUGCAAGGGCUGAGCCCCCAAAUCCCGGGGGAAAGGUUCAGGGCUUGACAUGGGUUUGGGCCAGACACAAGAUGCUCCAGUCUGGGACAGAAAAGCCCAUGACAGUGCCCACUGCCCACAGCCAUUCCCACGGCCAUGGUCCCACCACAGGCCCACAGCACAGAACCCCCCUGCGCUCCCACCUCUCACUGCGCGAUUUAUUCAAUUUUUCAGGACACUUGUGUUAGUGCCUGCACUUGGCUUCUCGCUGACCUGAAACUGGAGCGGGGCCUGAGCCCCAGCAGUGACCUGCUGGCAGCCGCACACUUUCAGCUCGUUUGUUAAUCAGCCGUGUGCUAUUUCCGCAUUUGGAGCGGUGCCUGGAGAUGGGGUUGUGGAUGUAAAUCCUGAGCGAUAGCGGGUGGGCUGCUGAAAGCUGCCGGGAAGAUUUGUCCAUCACAUUGUCAUUCCCUUCAGCACUUUCGCAUGCCUCCGGCAUCUUCACAAGCUCACCCGUGAUCGCACUAGAUGAUGUGCUGAUACCAGUACUGGGUGAAUUUGCAGUGCCAGGGCUGCAGGGACACGUGGCUGGUGCCCCAAGCUCCCCAUGCCCUGACUCUCCAAAGUUUCUCUUAAAAAGUAACCUCUAGAUAAUUUUUAGCCAUUUUGAUGCAUUUUUUAAAAAAUGUUCUCCAAGUGACCCAAAAAGGUAUUCUGUCUAUUUUAAUUGUUGUUUAGCUUGGCAAAAUGGGUUUGCAGGUUCCCCAGCUCCCUGCUGCGAUGUGCUCACGUUGUGUCUGGCACCCUUGGGGGUCUCAUGGCAUUACCCAAAAGGGACCCAACCCACAGUGCCUCCAGACCCUGAGCAUGGCCAGGGGCUGUGGGGUGGGCUGGGGUCUCCCAUCAUCACCUUUUGCCAUGUCAGGGUCAAGCAUACACAUGAUUUUAUUAUUUUUUUAGUUUGCAGUGGAGGUUGUGUGUGCUGCGACCUGCCCGCUCACUGCUCCCGUCUCCUCUCAUUGCACUGUGUUGAAAUGCAGAGGUUUCCCAGCAUAGCAUCCCCAGGGAUGCAUCCAGAAGUGGGCCAAGAAAGAAACAGAAUUAAAAAUAAAUGUAAGUGUAUCCUGACACGUUAACCACCUUUAGAGGCUUCAGAACCAACCCACUCGGCAGGAAGGCAGAAGAUGCUUGGAGACAAGUAGGUCACGGGACACAGAUUGUUCCGAAUCAGCAGGAAAAGAUGGAUCUGGAGCAAGCGAGUGCAUCCCUGUGAACAGCCGGGCAACAGGAGCAGGGCAGGAAGAGAGUGCCGGCACCAGGCACUGCUGCCUCUCACAUCACCAAAUUCCUUGGGAAAAGGCAAAACACCACUGGGCUGUGCCUGAGCAGAGGUCAAGCGCCCAAACCCUGCAGCUGAGGAUGCACCCAGGGGUACCUGGGGUCUGUGCCAUGCUCUGCCCUGGGGUCAGGGUGCUGUGCUGCCUGGGGAGCUCCUCCUGCACCCCAAACCCACACAGAUGCCCCAGAGGGUGCCUGCAAAGACUGAGGUGGAGGGAUGCAUCCUGCACGCAUUGCUGCUUUGCUGUGCUGUCCCAGGGUCCCUCUCUUUGCCGAGUGGAAGCUGAGAGGUGGCCCCAGGCCUCGAAAGGGCUGGAAGGUGUGGGGUGAGCAGCCCAAAAACCUUCUCCAGCCUGGUCCUGAGCCGUCUGAGCCUGGGGCUGGGGGCUGGCAGGGGCUGCUCUGUCCCCGAGGCGCUGGCACCAAUGUAAGGGGAGGAGAGAUUGAGAUAGGGAAAAUUUAUACUGCCAGCACAGGAGCAAAGAGAGGAGAGAGACAGCCAAGGUCAGAGACAGCACUGCCAAAAUUCACAAUGAAUCUGCAGGAGUGCUGGAGGGGAGAGACUGAGGGCUUGGAAAGAAAUGGAAAAAGAGAGAGGGAAGGAAAGAGAGGGGGGUCUGGGAGACAGAGCAGGGUGAGGGAGCAGGACAGGGCUGCUGGGGACAGGGACAUGCUGCUGCCCAGCCAAAAUGGUUAAAUGAGGAUGAAAGGGACAGCAAAUAGGAGCUGCAAGCCAGCAGAGGACACUGUGUGAAUGGGAAGGAGCCGGCAGGACUGUGAACAUGUCUGUGUCCCUCCAGACCCCAACAGCACACCGCCUGUGCAGCACAGCCCAGUGCUCACUGUCAGUGCGGACCCUGACCCAGCACUGCCGCGGAGGUGAAGUUUCAUUCCUGCCUCCUUAGUAUUCACAGCAUCCCACAGCAGAGCGAGCGCCCGCAGCCAGCACAGCUCAAGGGGACUCAGAGGUCAGGGAACAAGCAGCCCGGAAUUUGGGAGCAGCCGCUGGCUCCACACUGGCGGGUUUACAGGACCAGAGACUGCUGGCACAUCACAGCCUCCCAUCCCAGCACAGGCACGGAUGUGCCACUCCAGUGUCCCCAUGCCCAUGAGGAUGCACACACAGCGUCGGCUACCCAGGGGGUUUCUGACCCUGCAAACUGCCCCCUGGGAGCUGUUGCCACCAGCCAGGCUGGGCUGGAUCUGCACCCUGGGGCUAGACAUCAGCCUUGGCGCCAGGCAGGGCUGCUGCUGGCCCAGCCAGGCACUGGUGCAGGUCAUUUCCUUGUUGCAGGGUGCUGGGUGCCAGAGCAGGUUUAGUGCCCUCGCAAAGGCAGCAAAUGUCUGCUCCGGAGCUUGUGGGGGGGUCCUCCAGGCCCCCAUUGGGGAUGCAUCGCUCCAAGGGUGUUUUACAGCAGAAACCCCUCUCCCUCCUCAGUGACACCCCAGCCCAGGGUACCCGCUCUGCCCAAAGGCAGCUGGACGAACAGAGCCCUGCCUUCCACUAACACCAGCAGCAGGGCCACACUGGGAAGAGGCUCAAAAGUUUCCUGGUGUUAAUUGAGGUCUAAUUAUCUUCGGCUGACAUCAGGCAACAUGGGAAUGGGAAAACCACAGGUGCCUUGUGAUACAGCAACAGCUGAUGUGCUGGGCUGUGGCUCAGGAGCACCAGGAGACUUGCUGUGCUCUGCCUGAAUAUAAAGCAAAACACGGAAAGCAUGAGAUAGAGGGCUGAAAAACUAAUUUAUUUUUAUUUCUUUUCUGGCUGGUGAUAUGUAAGUGUGUAAACACGCUGCCUUUUCCUCUCAGUGGUGGCUGUGCCUGAUGUGGGCAGGUGGCUGCACACCUUUCCCCUUAUCCCUCUGCACAGAGAUCACAUCUGAAGCUCAGUUUUUUAAAUGUCUUCUCCCUUCUGCAAAAUCCCUUCACCAACACAGUUUUAUCAAACGUGUUUGGAGCUGCGCAGGACCUGCUCGCCUGCAGAGAAAGCGAUGGGGUGGUGCCCCCAGGGCGGGCUUCUAAAAUGUCAAGGGCGAAAGAGGUCGGGAGGAGGAGCAGGAGCGUGCUGGGAUGCUCUCCAUCCACAGGAACCUGCAAUGAGCUGAGCACCGUGCUCCUGGAGAUGCAUGCGCGCUCCCUGUACACCCCAGGAGCGCGAUGGGAACCCCCCGCCCCGCAGCCGUGCCGCCGCCCGCACCCGGGACUCCGUGCAAACCGAGCCGGUGACCGGGAGCGGCCGCGCUGCCACCGCAGACAGCAAGGGGCUUCUCCAGGAACCCCCCGCCCCAGGCACAUGGAGCCGGCCCGGAGGGGACAGCGAGGCCGCGCAGCCCGGGACCCCCGGGAGCAGCCGCGGGGUCGCUGCAGGGACGGGACGGGACGGGACCGGCCCGCGCUCGCCGCGCGCUCCCGCCGCCGCGCGCCCCGCUCGCCCUUGGCGGGAGCGCGCAGGAACGGCCGCCAGGGGACCCGCCGCUCGCCGACGCCGAGACCCGCUGAAUUCCCGCAGCCCCUCAGCGCCCGCCUGGGUCCCCGCAUCCCCUGCGGUGCCGCUAAAUCCCCUCCGGCCCCUCAGCGCCCGCUAAAUCCCCCUGCAAUCCCCUCAGGGCCUGGCCGGGUCCCCUCAUCUCCUCGGGAUCCCUCUAAAUCCCCCUCCGUUCCCUCAGCCCUGGCUGGGUCCCUCCAUCCCUUCAGGAUCCCGCUAAAACCCCCUCCAUUGCCUCAGCGCCUGCCUGGGUCCCACAUCCCCUCAGAUCCCACUAAAUCCCCCUCAUCCACUCAGCACCCAGCUGUGCCACCCUGUCCCCGCGGGUCCCCAGAAAUCGCCUUGUCCCCUCAGGGCCUGGCUGGGUCCCCCAUCCCCUCAAGCCUCACUAACCCCUCCCAGUCUGUCCCCUCAGGGUCCCACUAAAUCCCCCUGUCCUCUCAGGGUCCCACUAAAUCCUCCCAUGCCCUCAGGGUCCUGCUAAAUCCCCCUGUCCCCUCAGCACCCAGCUGGGUGCCCCUCAGGUCCCCAUAAUUCCCCCUGUCCCCUCAAGGCCUGACUGGGUCCCCUCAUCCUCUCAGGCCCCAUUAACAUCCACUGCCCUGUCCCCUCAGGACCCCGCCAAAUCCUCUCAUCCCCUGAGCACCCCCUUGGUCCCCCAUCCCCUCAGGGUCUCCCUAAAUCCCUCUCCCCGCCCCAAGACCCCUCUCCUGUGGGAGGGGGAAGAGCCUGGGAGGCAGCAGCAGCGUCGGCCCCUGAGCCUCAGCCCCGGCGCCAUGUUCUACAUGCAUUUGCUCAUCAACAAGCGCGGGCCAUUGGCCAAAAUAUGGCUUGCUGCCCACUGGGAGAAGAAGCUCACCAAAGCUCAUAUAUUUGAGUGCAAUUUAGAGACUACUGUUGAAAAGAUCAUCUCACCAAAGUUUACAAUAGCUCUGCGAACCUCUGGACACUUACUCCUGGGAGUGGUGCGGAUUUACCACAGGAAAGCCAAGUACCUCUUGGCAGACUGUAGUGAAGCUUUGACAAAAAUGAAGACAGCCUUUCGCCCAGGACUUGUUGACCUUCCAGCAGAAAACUUUGAGGCUGCUUAUCAGUCCAUCACAUUACCUGAAGAAUUUCACGAUUUUGAAACACCACUACCUGAUUUAAAGGCCAUUGAUGUUGCUGAACAUUUUACCCUGAAUCAGAGCAAAGCUGAGGACAUCACACUUACAGACGAUUACGAGAGCAAUAUACUUCUCUGUGAUAGAACCUUUGAUGAAGAACCAGAUGCUCUGAGAAAACAGAGCUUUGAUGGCAGCACCUUAACGAGCAGCAACAGUCUCAGAGCGGAUUGCAACUCUGCGAGUGUGAGUGGAGACAAGCCUGCGCUGCACGAGGACACUUACUGCUUUGAGCACGACUGGUUUGGAGACGAGGGAGAUGCUGCCGAUAUGAUUGAAAUCCUGUUGAGGGAUGAGCAAAAUGACCUGGAUAAAGACAUUAUUGAUAUGGAGGAAGAAUGUCCUUUGCCACAGGAUCUGCCAGAAAACAGCACAGCCUUUGAGUCCAGCUGCGCAGACACCACCAUUAAGAAAGUCAACCAUCUAAUGAAUGAAACGGUACUUUUCUUGAAAGAAAAUGAAGAAUUUGUACUUGAGCCAAUUGAUGAUACAGCUGUCACCCAGAGGAAAAAAAAUAAAAGGAAGAGGAAGUUGCUUGUGGAUGUAGACAAGGAGCUCAGCUGCAGCACCAUAUACAAGCAGCUAAACAACUGCACAGACAUCCUUACUACGUUAGACCUUGCACCCCCAACAAAAAAAACGAUGAUGUGGAAGAAAUCGGGCGGCGUGGAAAACCUCCUGUCCCAUGCUGCACAGCCUGUGGUGCAUGCGGAGCUGCAGAAGUUGUUUGAGAGAUGCUUCAAGAGUCACAGAUUUGAGAUGAAAAGAAAUGGAAUACAGAGGGAAUCUGAAGUGGAAGAAACAAGAAAAGAACAAGAUACCACAGAGAUGCUGAUAGUAGAAGAGCCAAGUUAUCCGCAGGAGUCAGCUCAUUCAGAGAUUGAAAUUAGAAAUGAUUCGUUUAUGUUGACAACACAAAAUAACAGAAAUGAAACCCACGAUAACUGUGGUGAAACUAUACAGGAUGGCAGGGCUGGCUCUGAGAGCUCCGCGCUGCUCAACAAUUCACUGGACCAAGAAGCCGAAACCCAGCGAGCCGAGCUGACAAAGGAGCAAACGAGGAAGGAUAAAGACAGUGAAGAAAUAAGGUGGAGCAAAAGAACUCUUCAGUUAUUAAAAACUUUACAGCACCUGCAGAGAUCGGGCGCGCGAUCUUUCAGUUUGCAGGAGCUCUGUCAGAAAAACAGCCGGAAAGAAGCUGCCGUCAAGUUCUACAUCUUCCUCGUUCUGAAGAAGCAGUCGGUGCUUGAGCUCAGCCAGGGCGCUCCCUUUGCCGACAUCACCGCCACCCUCGGCCCCAUGUUCCACACCCAGUGCAAUCACACGGUAUUCAGAUAAGGUAAUAAAAAUAAAUCUUAGGCUAAGUCCUUCCACAAAGAUAUUUCCUGGAAAAAUGACUGAAUGUCUCAUCAGACCGUGGUGACUGUGCGGAGCUCUUUCCCACCUAGCACCUCUGCCAGUGCCAGGGACCUCGCGCUGCCUCCAUGGUGGUCACACAGGUCACAACACAUUUACCUUUUUUAUAUAUGUUUAUACAACGAGCAGCUACUUAUUCUGUCAAUAAAAUAUCGCUAAAAUACAUAUUCUACAUGACAGAUUUAGAUUGUGAGGGAUUUUAUGAAAGUCCUUUAAAACCUUUAUUAGAGACCAAUUUUGGAGGUUAAAUUAUUAAAUUAUACAGAGCUUGUGUGUUAAUUACCUAACGCUGUUAGGAAGAGAAGGCUGUUAAGCUCUCUUCAUCAAAAACUUUAUUCUAUUUCACACUAUUCCUUUCAAAAAAUGUUCAUUAUUUGAUACUUUAAGGUCUAGGAAGGUCUCCAGCAUUGUUUCUGUGUGCUCAGGCAGAGAGGUUACACUGUCCCUGGCAGAGCCACGUGAAUUUUAGGAAGAAAUUCUCUUUCCCAGAAAUCCUGCAAGCUUUGAUUUCAUGGAGCGUGUUCACUUAAAGCCUAACACUUUUAUUUAUAUGUAGACCUAUUUAAAAACGGAUGUUAAACUGAAAUAUUAUUAGUUCUUUGCUUUUUUAGCUAAUUUAGGACAAGUUUUAAUGCUUUUACUGUCAUUUGGCAGUAGUGUUUUUCAGUUGCACCAGACCUGCUGGGUCGUGUGUGUUCAGCACCAGGUGUUGCAGUGUCGGGCUGUGUUCAAGUCUCUUAAUGUGAAAUCAAUAAAAACCACAAGCCGAUG